UGGUGGUAAUUGGCGUUUCGGCGUCUGGGAGGAUCCGUUACACUGCGGCUUCAUUUCAUUGCGAAGCGCCCUUUGCGGCUUUCUUCGGACCUGUUUCUCCAUCUUCGCUCACACAGUAUCGCAUCGUUCAUUAUCGAGAAUUAAUCCCCUUGACAACAAUGAUUUCCAUUCGGCCACGUGGUGGUGCUUCACCGAGAUCUAGCAGGCAAGCCGUGGCCGCGGCCCCGUCCUCUCGCGUCGUCCCGAAGCCGGUCCCCGAACGAGAGACCAAGGAUGCAAGGGGCUACCAGAUCGAGCAGCUGAGGCGCCGAUAUAGCCCCCAGGAGACCGACCUGGGCAACGGGGAGACAUCCUUCCUCUUCCACUUGAAGCCCUCUGACCCGGACUUCCCAUUCGACCUGGACCACCUGGAGUGUGACCUUCGCAUCCCGGAGACUUACCCAAAGGAGGCGCCCCGCCUUCUGGUCAAGAACAAGAAUAUCCCCAGAGGCUUUGCCAUCAACAUCGAGAAGGGCUGGGAUGCCCUCGUGCAGGAGAAGCGCGGUGCAACCUUGCUCUCUCUAACCAAUGCUCUCGACAGGAGGCUAGAGUCGCUCUUGUCGGAACAAAAGGCUGAGACGGUCAAGUUGACAAUAUUCAAGGACACCCGGCAUUUGAACGAUGAACCUGUUGCCGAACCGGCGCCGCAGCCUGCCAAACCGGUCGCGAAGCCGCCUGUUAGCCGGCCUUACGUCCCGGAGGAGUCGUAUACCAAAGAUCAGAUCGCCGAGGCCAAAGCGCGACGAGCUCAAGAUGUGAGGCAGCUCGAGGCCCGCUUGAGUCGGUUGCCAGUCUAUCAGAAGUCUAGCGAUGGCAUCAUCUACACCUUGUCCCUGGAACCCAAACGCAGGGCGAGUCUCCCCACCGGCCUCCAGCCGGUCCAGUCUGUCCAGCUGAUCAUCCCGCUUCUCUAUCCGCUGCAACCACUAAGGAUUCUGCUCAACGAUGUCGACUCCGAGGUUGCCGAGCCUAUCGAAGAGCUUUUUGCGCAGAAGGCAGCCGAGCAGAAACAUAUGUCGCUGACGAGCCACCUGAACUAUCUCGCCCAAAACCUGCACGUGCUGGCGAAGGAAGCCCAGAAGCCUCCUGUCGAGGCCGUCGCAAAUCCCGAGGUUCAAGCUGCACCGAGCCAAGAGGCGGAGCAGGCGGAGCACACAUCAACUUUGGACCAGGGAAAGGGCCAUAUCCAUGUCAUCCCCCGCCCGCCGGAAUGGGCCUCCGACGACAGCACCGACGAUUCGGGCUCCGAAGACGGCUCAGAUGCCGAGGACGGCGAGGAUGGAGGCGCCGAUAUUGAACCGCAACAGGCACAGGCUGAGGCCGGCCCGAGCCUGCCCACCCAAACACCGGAACGCGGAACUGCAAUCUUGUUCCCUUCUAUCGAGCUCUACGGCGUCGAGCUCCUCCAGGUCUCCGUUCUCAAUCUCAACGUCAAAUGUGACCGCUGCAAAACGGUGAACGAAAUAACCGGGCUGAAAGACAAUAUCGAGAAAACCAGCAGCUGCAAGAAAUGCGCCGUCCCUUUCUCUGUCCGUUUUCGUCAGGAGCUCAUUCACCAGAACUCGAGCCGUGCAGGCUUUAUCGAUGCGGUCGGCUGCACAGUGUCCGACCUACUGCCAAGUACCUUCAACCCGACCUGUGCCGCCUGUUCGACCCCGUCCCCGGCGGGGCUGACCUCGGUCCGCGGCGAGACGACCACCAACGUGUGCCGCGAGUGCCACGCCCGCUUCACCUUUGCCCUGCCCGACGUCAAGUUCCUCGCGUACGCGCCCGGCGCCGGCAGCGGCCGCCCGCUCCCCGCCGCCCCCGGCCCCCGGCGCAGGCAGGAGAGGCUGGGCCUGCGCGCGGGCGAGCCGCUGCCCGACCGCGGCGCGUGCGCCCACUACCGCCGCAGCCACCGCUGGUUCCGCUUCUCCUGCUGCUCCAAGGUGUACCCCUGCGACCGCUGCCACGACGCCGCCGAGUCGCACACCAACGAGUGGGCGAGCCGGAUGGUCUGUGGCUGGUGCAGCCGCGAGCAGAGGUAUAGCCCCGAAAGCUGUGCGUUUUGCGGAAGGAGUGUCAUUGGGAAUAGAGGAAAGGGAUAUUGGGAGGGUGGAAAAGGCACGAGGGAUCCGCGGCUUAUGAGGAGGGGGGAUAAGAGGAAAUACAAACGGCUGGGCGCGCAGAAGAAGGAGACGUGACGGGAGUGAGCUCUACAGAGAGCUGAGCGGGGGACGUUGUUUUCGUGUUUCUCAAUUCAAGCCACGAGGGCCGUUGAGAUAUCACCGGCAAGCUCCUUACCCACGAGUAGGGUCCGGCUAACGACGCCUUUGCCACCUUCGAUUGCUCACAAGUACAGAACCUCUGCUUGGUCGAGGUGCGUUUUUAGAGGAGUGGAGUUGAAGG